CUCGUUCCUUCGGGACGGUGACCUUGGUACGUCACACAAAUUCGUUUUGUACAAUUACAAUCGGUUUGUGGUUAGAGUUUGUGAUUCAGUACAUGGAUCCUUUUCAAAAGCGAGAUAAAAUUCCACGGACACCACCUGGUCAAUCUUUUGUGGACAGGUCUUACAUCUUUGAUGGUACAACAAAUGGUGAAUGUUCUAUUUACGAUGAGUCAGGUAAUCGCAGGACUUCUGUUUUCGACACUGCUAGAAAAUACACUCUCACUUUUGAUAACUAUGGAAACACAAGCCUUCGAACUUCAUGUGACAUUGUUACACUCGAUAUUUCUUUGUCACUGAAACCAAAUAGAGUUUCUAGAAAUGGUGAUUUACAGACAAGUUCACAUAUGGUAUCUUCAAAACAGUAUGGAUUGUUCACAUCGUCACCUGUCAAUGUGUCUACUCCUCGGCUAAUUAAAUAUCUCCAGAAGGAAUGUAAUAAACAAACAGUUGCUAAUUGCACAUCUCCAGAUAAGGAAAAUAUUGCACCAUCCAAAGCAGUAUGUUCAGAGAUUGCUACGGUUAAAAAGCGUCAUGCCAAGAGGAAAUGUGAUAUUUCAUCUGAUAGUUCAGUCGUUAAUUCAUCAGUUCAAUCAAUUUUUGUCGUUCCCUCGACAGUUCGGCAACUUCGACCCAGACGCAAGGCAACUCCUAUCGUCAGUGAUCAGUCACUGUCUCAUCAGUCUGAAUCUUUAGUGAUGACGAAAAGUGUCCUAAGGAAUCCAAAUAUGAGGUCAACGAAAAGGAAAAAAACUGAUUCGUCUCAUCUGCUUGAGGUAAUAAAUUCCCCAGUAGUCACUGCUGACCCUGUAACUCCUCCAACACUUGUUCCUCGGCACAGGCGAGUACAGCCAGCCAAUACUCAAAGAAGACGACGUGCGAAUGUUAGCACUUCAUCUACUUCUUUGGAUUACAGUAAAAUGUCAACUUCUAAUUCAACUGAAAAUGACUCAAUUAUUCAUCAACCAUCUACUGUCCGAAAAAAACCAAGGGUACAGAUCGUCUAUAAUAGUGAAGACGAGCCAAUAGCUGCACGUUUACGACGACGUAACACGCGUGUGUCGUAUACAGGAACAAAAACUCCAAUGUAAAUAAUGGCGUUAUAUCACUAUACAUAUAUUCUGUACAAAGUAUUACAUUUUAACAUUGUUUAAAUUCCCUUCAAUUAUCCUUUUUCAUAUAUCCAUUUAUAAUGUAGGUAUAACUAAGUGUCUUGAAUGAAUGAUAUUACUUAUGGUGGGUUAAUUUUGUUAUGUUCAUUCCAUAUAUAUAUAUAUAUCUCAUUUCAUUCCACUCAGUUCUUCUCUUCAAUUAUUAUCUCUCUUUUCUUGAAUAUAUAUACUUUUGCAUAGAUUUGUGUAUACACUUUCUUUUUCUUCCAGUUUUACAAUAAGAUAAAAAUAUAUUAUUUUUUACAUAA